UAAGCAACUCUUUAAAAUCCGCUUGGAAUCCAUAAGCAACUCUUUAAAAUCCACUUGGAAUCCAUAAGCAACUCUUUAAAAUCUUUCUGAAUACUAAUAGUAAUAACAGUGUAUCCCAGUAAAGUGAUCACUUCAUUGUAGGGACGUGCUGGCCUUAUUUAUGAACUCUAACCUUUCCCCAACGAUGAACCAGAGCCAGACACCUAUCGUGACCUCCAUCUCCCCCCAGCAUGGUUUUGGGGGCUCGGGCGGUGUCUCUGGAGGGGGUAGCUCCGGGGGUGGGAGUUUGUGGGUGACCUCUCUCCUCGGCGCUACCCUCCUAAUCAUGCUCGCCAUGGGGGUGGCGGGCAACAUCUACACCCUCUUCAUCAUGCGUUCCGCGGCUCUCCGCCGAUCCGGCUCUAUGUACGUCUAUAUACUCAACCUUGCCCUCGCCGACCUCCUCUACCUCUCUACGAUCCCAUUCGUCAUCUGCACCUACUUUGCUCACGAUUGGUUGUUCGGCGAGGCCGGUUGCCGGGUCCUCCUGAGUCUCGAUCUCCUCACCAUGCACGCCAGCGUCUUCGUCCUGGUCGCCAUGUCGUUGGAGCGCUACCGGGCCGUGGCGAAGCCGUUUGACGCCCGGCGAUCCAGCACGCGGGGGCGGAAGGUAGUGGCAUCCGUCAUCUGGUUCGCAGCGUUUGUCCUGACACUACCCAUGAUGAUUAUGAUACGGCUGAGGGAAGGGAGGUCAAUGGCGGCCGGGAACGUCAAGCGGAUCUGUUACCCGACGUGGACCCAAGAGGCCUUCAAGGCCUACCUCACCGUCCUGUUCCUGACCAGCGUCCUCGUACCCGGUUUAGUCAUCGUUGGUCUCUACGCUGGCCUAGCACGUCACUAUUGGACUGCUCAGGCUAGCUUGGGAGGAAGCAGCCGUUCAGCGAGAAGACGAGGCUUAAAACAAAAGGUAGUAACAAUGAUUUUUUGUAUCAUUGUAGCGUACUGGGUGUGUUUCCUGCCUUUCUGGGGGUGGCAGUUGGCACAGUUAUUUUCCCCGCAGUCCCUCAAGGCUCUGUCUCCUGCCACUCACAGUUACAUGAAUUUCUUUGUAACGUGUCUGACCUAUGGGAAUAGCUGUAUUAACCCUUUGUUGUACACCCUCCUGACCCGGAACUAUAAGGACUAUCUGGCUCAGAAGGGUCAGAGCACAGGGUCAAGUAGGGGAGACCCGGCAGCCGGAGCACCCCUACAGGAUCUAUAGGAGAAGAGGGGGGAAGUAUUUUGACGUGACACAAGUAGGACCUAUUAUUCUUGACUUAAAUCAUUUUAUCCUGGGGAGGAUAGGUCAUCCAUGCAGGAUCCAUAAAAGAGGGGGAGUUAUUCUGACAAGAGCACUAUUGCCAAAAGCAUUUCUGAUGCAGCAUUUUUAUCUUUUCACUCUGAGGGGUACCUUGGAUUUGGUGAAAACAUGAGGACAUUUCUUUAUAGCUGUUGGGGCAAGAGCAGCCUCCAAAACAAACUAAUCGUUAGUUGAGUAGUUAGUGCAGCAUAAACUUGACCUAACAACAUGGCUUACUCUAAACUCAGUAGUUUUUGUAUUUUUACAUCACCUGAAUAUUAUUGGUAUAUAGUUAUACAGGUGUUGGAUCUUAAUUUGUGCCAGUUUGCCACAACAGGAAAAGUGAAUUAUUAUGUGGAUUAUAAUUAAUGGAUGUUUUCUGUAGGGGUUGAUAAUUUUUCCGUAAGGGAAAAUCAAGUCUGAAAUGUCAAAGUGGAAAUUACAAAUUUAAGAAACAUUUUUAUAACUCAAAGCCUUGUUAAACCUCAAACAUAUAAUUGUUUAAUUUCACACAUUACAGGAAAGUUGUCCUGCAACAGAGUGAUCAGAUUAACAUCCUACAUCUGCAGCAUUAGCUGUUUGACAUAUUUCCAGUUUGCAUUCAUCAUGUAGGCGGCCGUAUUUCUUGUCACAUAUUGACAUGUCAUGUAACCAGUCACUAUGUAUUUUGUUUCUUACUUCGACGUUGUUGUCAUAUUGCCAAAAAUGUGUCAAGCUAAUGUUCUUGUUUGGUUUUUCUCAUCUUGUAUUCUUUUAUUACAUGAUUGUGCUAAUAAAGUUUUGACA